AUUACAACUUUGUAGCCGCUUUUAAUUGUAAAAAUAUUUUACAUUCCUUAUUUUUUAUCCCUCAAAGCCUCAUCAGAGUUUCCAUUCAAAAUUUAGAGUAUUAUUCAAGCUGCUUAGGAGACAGGAAGGAAGACUUUUUUUUGCCGGCCGUAUCGAUAAUCCAAAAAAUAACACAUGAUCAUGGACGGUGAUCACUUAAAAGAAGCUGGAAAUAAGGCCAUGCGUGCUACACGGAAGAUUAAUCGUCUCCGUUCGCUGGGUAUCGUCACGGCCGGAGCAGCCGUUCUGGUGGCUGGCAUUACAGCUUACAAGAAGCAGGACAGUCUUUAUCGCACCUUUGUGAUGCCCGCCGUGCGGCUAUUGCCGGCGGAGACCAGUCACCAGCUGGCCCUUUUAGCUUGCAAGUACCGCGUGUAUCCGCGGUCCCAAUACGAGGAUAACGCCAAUCUCCAGACAAAUUUCUUUGGCCGGAUGCUAAAGAAUCCUAUUGGAAUGGCGGCAGGAUUUGACAAGAAUGCCGAAGCGGUAGACGGACUGCAAGAUUUGGGAUUUGGUUUCGUCGAGGUGGGAACUGUCACGCCAGCUGCUCAGGAGGGCAACCCCAAACCGAGAGUCUUCCGACUAGUUGAGGAUCGUGCCAUAAUCAACCGUUAUGGAUUCAAUAGCGAGGGACAUCAAGCAGUUCUACAGCGGCUGCGCCUGCUCCGCAGCAAGGAGGACUUUAAUGGAGUAGUCGGUGUCAAUCUCGGAAGAAAUAGAGAAACCAUGAGCCCGAAUGCGGACUAUGUUCAAGGUGUCCGGGUCUUUGGUCCAGUGGCCGACUAUCUUGUCAUCAAUGUAAGCAGCCCAAAUACAAAGGGUCUCAGGGAUUUGCAGGGCAAGGCCAAGCUAACAGAGCUGCUUGAACACGUCAACGAAGCAAGAUCGCGCCUAGAAAGAAACAAAAAUGUGCCGAUCUUGCUGAAGCUCUCGCCAGACCUCUCCCUAAGCGAUAUGAAGGAUAUAGUUUCGGUAAUCAACAGGAAAAAAAGUCGCGUGGAUGGUCUAAUUGUCACAAACACCACUGUCUCGCGGGAUAACAUAGACACAUCCAGGAAAUCUGCUACUGAAGUUGGUGGAUUGAGUGGAGAACCGCUUCGAGCGAAAUCCACGGAGAUGAUCGCCCAAAUGUAUGUGUUGACAGAUGGAAAAAUUCCCAUUAUUGGUGUUGGAGGAGUAUCAUCCGGCUACGAUGCCUACGAGAAAAUCGAGGCGGGAGCAUCAUACGUACAAAUCUAUACGGCUUUGGUGUACGAGGGUCCUGGUCUGGUGGACCAGAUCAAGGCCGAGCUUUCGUCCCUCAUAUCUUCACUGGGUCAUACCAACGUCCAAGAUGUGGUUGGAACCAACGCAAAAUUCUACCUGCCAAAGAAGUGAUGCGACAUGUGGUUUCAGAUCAUUUAAUAUGCUACACUUCCAUUCCCUCCUGCUUUCCCUGACCUUGUAUUGGUAUGAAGUAAAUCAUAAACCGCGAUAUACAUAAUUAAA